CCGAUCAAUUUCCCAAAAAGUUCGUGGAAGAGGAAGAACAGUUCUCUUGGCUCUCUCUCUCCCUCUCUCUGCUGGGGGCAAGGUCUCAACAGUCGUUUUUGAACAAAUUUCGGAUCAUAAUAUUUAUCAAACCAUUUUUCAUCAUCUUAGCUUUUCACUUUUUCUUUUUCUUUUUCAUUUUCCUUCUUCUGAUUCUGAAAAAGACACAGAUUCUGGAGUAAGAUACUCGAUAGUGCUUUCCUUCCAUUUUCGAAGAAAGAGGGCAAAAGCGCGUGUACGCGUAAUGCUUUUGUAUUUGAUUCUCCACUUACUCUUUACUUGACUGAGGUGAAAGAACGCUUCAAUUCCGAACAGCUGAAGUUGCAUUACAUAAUUAAGAAGAAUAAGAGUAGAAGCAGAAGCAGACGCAGAAGCGGAAGAAGAAAAAUAAACGAUGGAGAGCUAUCUAAAACACAACUUUGGAGAUGUGAAGUCUAAAAACUCGUCGGAUGAGGCGCUUCAGCGAUGGAGAAAUCUCUGUGGAGUUGUUAAGAAUCCCAAGCGGAGGUUCCGCUUCACUGCCAACCUCUCCAAGCGUGAGGAGGCCGAGGCUAUGCGGCGUACUAAUCAGGAGAAAUUGAGAGUGGUUGUUUUGGUAUCUAAAGCAGCACUUCAUUUUGUUCAAGGCCUUGCAUCUUCCGGUGAAUAUACUGUCCCUGGGGAAGUUAAAGCCGCUGGGUUUCAGAUUUGCGCUGAUGAGUUGGGAUCCAUUGUCGAAGGCCAUGAUGUGAAGAAGCUGAAAGUCCAUGAUGGGGUGGAGGGUAUUGCAAACAAACUCUCCACAUCAACCAAGCAUGGUCUUACCACCUCUGAAGAUUCACUUAACCGCCGGCAAGAGAUUUAUGGAAUCAAUAAAUUCACUGAAAGCCAAAUGCGGAGUUUCUGGGUUUUUGUAUGGGAAGCCCUUCAGGAUAUGACUCUUAUGAUCCUUGCUGUAUGUGCUGUUGUGUCCUUGAUCGUUGGCAUAACAACGGAAGGAUGGCCAAAGGGAGCCCAUGAUGGCCUUGGAAUAGUUGCAAGCAUUCUCUUGGUUGUAUUUGUCACUGCAACAAGCGACUAUCGACAAUCUCUUCAGUUCAAGGAUUUGGACAAGGAGAAGAAAAAAAUAUCAAUUCAAGUUUCAAGGAAUGGGUACAGGCAGAAGAUUUCAAUCUAUGAUCUACUUCCUGGUGAUAUUGUGCAUCUGGCAAUUGGUGACCAAGUCCCCGCAGAUGGGCUUUUUGUCUCUGGAUUCUCUGUGUUGAUAAAUGAAUCCAGUUUAACAGGAGAGAGUGAGCCUGUGAUUGUGAAUGCUGAGAAUCCUUUUCUGCUGUCUGGUACCAAGGUUCAAGAUGGGUCGUGCAAGAUGCUGGUGACAACCGUUGGAAUGAAUACUCAAUGGGGAAAAUUAAUGGCUACCCUUAGUGAAGGUGGAGAUGAUGAGACCCCAUUGCAGGUCAAACUGAAUGGAGUGGCAACCAUCAUCGGUAAGAUAGGCCUGUUCUUUGCUGUUGUGACUUUUGCUGUUUUGGUGCAAGGCCUGUUUAGCCGCAAGCUACAAGAGGGAACCCACUGGAGCUGGUCUGGAGAUGAUGCCUUAGAAAUGUUGGAGUACUUUGCUGUUGCAGUUACCAUUGUCGUGGUUGCAGUACCUGAGGGGCUGCCUUUGGCUGUCACUUUGAGCCUUGCCUUUGCCAUGAAAAAGAUGAUGAAUGACAAAGCACUUGUCCGUCAUCUUGCAGCUUGUGAGACAAUGGGAUCUGCCACAACCAUCUGUAGUGACAAGACUGGCACACUAACUACUAACCACAUGACUGUUGUAAAAGCAUGCAUCUCUGGGAACAUCAAGGAAGUGAGCAGCUCUGAGGAGGCUCCUAGCUUAUGCUCUGGAGUCCCUGAUUCUGCUGUCAAACUGCUUCUUCAAUCCAUUUUUAAUAACACUGGGGGUGAAGUUGUAACUAACAAAGAUGGCAAACUUGAGAUUUUGGGAACACCAACUGAGGCUGCUCUUUUGGAGUUUGGCUUGUCCCUUGGUGGAGAUUUUCAGGCAGAACGGAAAAGGUCCAAAAUUGUAAAAGUAGAACCAUUCAACUCCGAGAAGAAAAGAAUGGGGGUACUGAUGGAGCUUCCUGAAGGAGGUCUCCGUGCUCAUAGUAAAGGUGCUUCUGAAAUCAUUCUUGCUGCUUGUGACAAGGUUAUAGAUAAAAAUGGGGAGGUUGUUCCCCUCGAUGAAGCAUCUAGCAGACAUCUCAAGGAUACAAUUGGGCAGUUUGCCGGUGAAGCUCUUCGAACCCUAUGCCUUGCUUAUAUGGAAAUGGGAAAAGAAUUCUCUGAUAAGAAUCCUCUUCCAGCCACUGGGUAUACAUGUAUAGCAAUUGUAGGUAUCAAAGAUCCAGUCCGCCCUGGAGUCAAGGAAUCUGUUGCAAUUUGUCGAUCAGCUGGUAUUAUUGUACGGAUGGUUACUGGAGACAACAUAAUCACCGCGAAGGCUAUUGCUAGGGAAUGUGGGAUUCUGACUGAUGGAGGCAUAGCCAUUGAAGGUCCUGAGUUUCGAGAAAAGAGCGAGAAGGAAUUGCUCGAUCUAAUUCCAAAAAUUCAGGUGAUGGCUCGAUCUUCGCCAUUGGAUAAGCAUACCUUAGUGAAGCACUUGCGCACCACACUUAAUGAAGUUGUUGCUGUGACUGGUGAUGGCACAAAUGAUGCUCCAGCACUUCAUGAAGCAGAUAUUGGACUUGCAAUGGGCAUUGCUGGAACUGAGGUGGCAAAAGAGAGUGCGGAUGUUAUCAUUCUGGAUGACAAUUUCUCUACAAUUGUCACUGUGGCCAAAUGGGGACGAUCCGUUUAUAUAAACAUUCAAAAAUUUGUACAGUUCCAACUGACUGUCAAUGUGGUUGCACUAGUUGUUAAUUUUUCUUCAGCUUGUCUGACUGGAAAUGCCCCCCUCACAGCUGUUCAGCUUCUCUGGGUGAACAUGAUCAUGGAUACACUUGGAGCACUUGCACUCGCUACAGAGCCUCCUACUGAUGACUUGAUGAAAAGAUCACCAGUUGGAAAGAAAGGCAAUUUUAUCAGUAAUGUGAUGUGGAGGAAUAUCUUGGGGCAGUCUUUGUAUCAGUUCAUCAUAAUAUGGUAUCUUCAAGUGCAGGGGAAAGCAUUAUUUCGUCUUGAGGGCCCUGAGUCUGAUCUGAUUUUAAACACGCUGAUUUUUAACUCAUUUGUCUUUUGUCAGGUUUUCAAUGAGAUAAGCUCUAGGGAGAUGGAGAAGAUAGAUGUUUUCAAAGGCAUACUGGAGAACACUGUGUUUGUGGUUGUACUCGCUUGCACGGUCCUAUUUCAAAUCAUAAUCAUCGAGUUCCUUGGUGCAUUUGCAAACACAUUCCCCCUCACUUUAUCACAGUGGUUUCUAAGUGUUUUCCUUGGGUUCCUUGGAAUGCCUAUCGCCGCUGCCAUUAAGAUGAUCCCCGUGGGGUCUAGUUGAAAUGCAUACAAGAUGAUAGAAGAUGAUUUCUGGCUUCCACGUAAACCAGUUUCAAGUUCCCCUCUUGCUGUAGUCUGCAUCAAUUGAAAAUAUGGAUCCUCUUAAUCAUACAAUGCUUCAUUCUUGGUGACUCAGGCCAAAGAACUCUCUGUUGCUUCAGGAUGUCAAUUUUUGUAAAGGUUCAUCUUGUUGUAACCGAAGCAGUGAACUGAGAGGUUGUAACAUUCUUUUGUUCAUCCCUUGUCUUGUUAUAAAAGUUCUUUUAAGUUCAGUGUAGAAAAGGUUUCCAAAAUAAUUUGAAAGUUAUUUCCAUUA